AUGGUGAAAGUGUCUAUCAAAGAUCAAUCGAUUGGUAUAAAGCCAUCUGAGAAAUUGAUAGAUUUCAUAAAAUCAUCGUUGAAUGAUGUGUCCAUUGAUUUGCCGGAAAAUUUGCUAAAGGUUUAUGAAGCAUUUACCCAGGAUAUUCAAAAAAGAAAUAUUUAUAAGCAGCCAAUUCCAACCGAAGCUCUGACCGAAGAAGAGAGGAAACUUUUGAUUGCCCUGUCGGACGAUACAUUCCAAAAUACAACCGAUUUACAGAAGUGCCUCGAAUCGCUGUCCGUGUAUACUUGUCAUGAUGACGAAAAUAAUAGCAAUUCGGAAAUUGAAGAAAUAGUAUCGACUGGUGGUGAACGAAUCAGUAAGAAUAAGGCUCGUCAAAUACGUGCAAAACAACGAGAAAAAGAGCUAUCAAAACUUACACUCAAUCUAUCGGAUCUAAAGUGGCUUCAUCAGUAUCUGUUGGGUAAGCGUAAGACCGACAAUUCGAUCAGUUACUUACACGAGCUAAUUGAAGGAUCACAAUUAGUAUUGCCAUCAAAUGAAUACACCGAACGAAACCCAGAACUAGAAGCGCGAUGUCAACGUUUGAAACGUGAACAAGAUGAUCUAAUAUAUCGUUUAAUGACGAAAAAUGUGGACUGCUCAAGAUCACAUGAACCGGAGGAGACAAUUUCUUACCAAGUCAAACAAAUUAACCGGCAAUUGAUUGCGGUGAUAAAUUUCCUUUUCUCCAUAGCAGCUGGAUUUGCAUUUGGUUUUAUUGGCAUCGAACUGCUUGUGGGCAAUUUAGAUUUUGGUUUUCGCCUAUUAUUAGGUAUAAUAUGUUCUUUGAUCGUUGCAUUAGCUGAAAUCUAUUUGCUAGCCAAGAAAUUAAACGAAGAAAUCGAUGAAGCCGAACAAGCAACACACGGUCAAGCAAAAAAAUCUAAUGUAACAUCUGGGUCUAGAGUCGAAAAUUUGAAAGAACACAACGAUUAAUUUAUGUAGUAGAUUCAUUCGAAUAAAAUUCAGUUGGAAUUUGUGGCUAA